AUGGAAGGUGACCUGCCAACAACAGCUCUCUCCCAUUGGUAUUCCGGAGAGCGAGACUUCGAGGACGCCGAGGUUGCUUUCGAGAAAGCGCGAGCCCUGUUUGAAUCACAAGGCACUCAGGAUUCCCGCAAAAAGGGCCGACUUCAUGCCUUGAAAACAACGACCAUGGAAGACCUCCUGAAGGCGGUGAAAAAAGCACAGGAAGAAUGUCAUGGGCGACGGACGGACUCAGCUGUUGGACGAUGCAUGGUUCAACUAGCAGAAAGGAUUCACUACUACGGAAACAUCAUGGACGUUCUCUCGCAGCAUCAUCCCGAGUUCACGGCCCUGGCCUGGGGUGCCAUGAAGUUAUUGGUUGGGGCAAUUGUCGAGCAUAAAAACACCGAGUUGACCAUCGCAAACGGCCUCAUAGACGUUGGGGAUGCUCUAUCUCGAGCCAAACUCGCUGUGUCCUUAUAUCCAACUUCAUCAAUCAAACGGAUGUUUGCCACCCUCUAUGCACACAUCAUUCAGUUUCUGCUACGGGCGCUAGAAUGGUACGAAGAACGCCCGUGGAAACGAGCGAUGCAUGCUGUCACCAAGCCUGCAGCCCUGCGAUACACGGACAUCAUCAACAAUAUCCACCAAACCACGGAUAAAAUCACGGCCCAUGCGACGGCGGGCAGUCAUGCGGAGCAGCGUGAUAUACAUCGAAAGUUUCUUGCCAUCCAAAAAAUGAUGGAACAGAAUGCGUCAUCGAGCACGGACGGCCUCACGAGGAUCCUACAGGAGCUCCAAGACCUGAAAAAUCUUCUCGCCGCCACGCGCGCAGAGCAAGUACAGAUAUCGCGCUCUGUGUUCAGUAUUCAAUCAACUCAAGCACUCCAGGUGAUACAAUCCCAGUGCAAAAUUGAUCACCAGAGCUGCCUACAAAUUUCCAUUGGACUUCGCAAUCACCGUCGCUUCAGACAGAGGACCAAGAUAACGCCCUUUUGGAAGACACCUCGACUACAAUUAUGGAAUCAAUCAGCUACGUCCUCACUCCUUCCAGUCAAAGUGCGAAUUGCGGAUAGAACGAUUGCCCAAGACUUUUGUACCAACAUUGUCGAGCAGCUUCUCAGGAGCAAAAUAGCCAAUAUCUGGGUCCUGGUCCCCCAGAGAGAUUGUUACCCUGUUAUCGCCACACUCAAAAGCCUCAUAUAUCAGACGGUAACCUGGAUCGAUGCAAUGGGAGCGAAGGAAAGGAUCCUACAAUAUCUGGAUCAAUUCAACCACGCAAGUACCGACGAGCAUUUCCUGGACGUCCUGGCUGGACUCCUUCGUUCAUUGCGGGUUGUAUACAUGAUCGUGCAGCUGGACGCGAUAGAUCCACACUACGCACAAGGCUUUUUUUCCUGCAUCCAGAGGCUGGCUAGAAAAUUAUCGGACGGUGAUUCGGUUACCGUUCUGAGAAUACUCGUCGUUAGUUGGAGUCCAAGAAGCGUACUGGGUGGGGAAGGACAAAUGCAGCCUCUUCGGUUGUCCAUGCAGGGUCGGUCUCGACGUCGAGGGCAAUGGAUGCCCAGUCAACCUCUUCAUGUGCCGACAGGAAUUCGUGACGGAGGAUAA